UGUGCAUUUAAACUGCAAGGGCAAAAUAUACAUAAAACAAUCACGUAUAGUUGGGUCCAUACGCUAGGUGGCAGCAGUGGUUUCUGAUCGGAGGUACCGCUCCCAAAGAAGAAGCCGCACACAGGGGAGCGUUCCUGUGUCAUUGACGCCUGCACACAUUCCUGGGAGUGAGGAUGCCACCACUGGAGCACCUCCACAUGAAAAAUGUCCUGCAGACUGUCGGCGUCCUGGAGGCGGUCAUCCUUCGCAGUUUUGGCCCUGAAGGAGGGCAGGUGCUAUUCACACGGGACACGGGACAGGCAAUGUUGAGCCGCAGUGGGACACGCAUUCUCACAGCACUACAACUGGAGCAUCCGCUGGCCAGGAUGGUGGUGGAGUGUGUCUGGAAGCAUAGCACUGCAACAGGCGAUGGAUCCAAAACCUUUAUCCUGCUGCUGGCAUCAUUACUACGGUUGAUUCAUGCAGCAGCCAGCAAGGAGCCUAAUGUGUCUCACUCUUAUAACUCAACAAAAGCAGCAGAGGCUGCCACUGCCAGACACUUGGCUGACAAACUGCUAGCAUUUGCGUUGAAGGAGUUGGAUGAGCUCAUUGCUACGGGAGUGGUCCCUUAUGGAGGCCGCAUUUCGUGGGAAGAUUUCACUGCAACAGCACAAUCACCGUCUCUCGCAAACAAUCUCUGUGUUCAAAAGCUGCUAAGAUCAUUUUUUCACACACGUUUUGGCUACACGCACUGUGACUUCAUUAGUCACCUUGCAUGUGAACUGCUCAGUUACUGGAAGUUUAAAAAUGAACUGCCUUCAUUCUCUCUGCAAUUUGUAAGUGACAACUUCCCUGCCCUGCAUACACCUGUGUCGGGCUUUCCUGUUUGCUCUUCACGUUUAAUCGAUGGGCAGGUUAUCCACAGGGACUUUGCCACGCCACCCCUUAAGACUGACCACCAGCCAGUUAAAGCUGUAGUUCUCACCAGGUCCCUGCAGCCAACAUUGCUCAACACAGGGGACGUGCUUGAGGUGGGAUGUGGAGGCCGAAUGAUGGAGGAGAGAAGUAUUGUGCACUUUAGCGCCUGGAUGGAAAGGUCACUACAGGGCAUUAUUGCGAACCUGCGGACUUUGGGUGUUUGUGUGCUUCUGUCUGCAGUGAAACAGUCUGCUGCUGUCCUGGCAUUAGCCACACAGGCAGAGAUGUGUGUUGUGGAGUGUGUCAGUGAAGAUGAACUUUCUCUAUUUGUCCGGCUAAGUGGGACUACCCCGAUCUGGGAUUGCUCGAUGAUUGAACCAGAGCAUGUAGUUACACUGACUUUCUGCCGGCCAAUACAGCUUGGGGGCCACAGGUAUGUCCAUGUGGCUUUCCAGGACUCAGAAGAAAGAAUCACUGUCAAACCUUGCAGUCUGGUCAUCUGUGCCCCAGGAGAAGGACAGACUGAACAGUAUGCAUGUGCUUUACAAGAUGCCGUUCGCAUGCUACUUAGAACUUGGGAACCUAUGCACGCAGCUGUGACCACAACAUCAAAGAGAACCCUGCAGUCACAUAAAAGCUCAUCUUUACAUACAGAUAAUCUGACCGACAGAACCACAUACAGAUCCUCUGCCAUACAGCCCAUCCAUAAGUGUGUGUUAGAGCCAGGCUGUGUGAUAUCUGCUGGUGGGUCAUUUGAGCUUCUCUUACACUAUGCCCUCCUACAACAUGGCCAUAGUUGCUCAGUUUCUCAUGACCUAAAUAUAGAUACCUCUGUUUCCCAGCUCUUGGCAAAUGCCCUACUGAGUGUGCCUCAAAAGAUUUACGCUCACAGUCCACGGCAUUUCCUGGAGACUCAAAGUAAGGUCAUAAGUUUUAUUCCUAAUCAUUCCCACCCUGUUAGCCUUUUAUAUAAACAAAAAAGUAGUAUAAGCCCCAUACAGACUGAAAGACCUCAGGGGGAUGGUAAACUAAGCUUGCAUUGUUGUAGAAAAGGUGACAAAUCAUCAAAAGAUUCUGAGUUGGACCUAGGCCUUGAAUCGGUCUCCUGUAAAUACCAGCUACUUCUUGCCGUACUGCAGUGUGUCAGAAGUCUCCUUAAGGUGGACACCGUCCUGCCUACACACAUUGCUUUACACACACAAUCAAGCAGACCUGCCAGCACAUCCUGGGAGGACACAGAGGACGAGGCUGAGGACUGAGAUUGUGUUGUAUGUUAAGAUAAAAGCGAUGAACGUAUUUUUUCUCAGUGCUCACUCGUGUUAGAAGGAGUAAAUACUUUGCACUUUAAUGCAUUUUUUCUAUGGCAAUUUUUCUAUAUCUACAGUAUUAUUUCUUUUUUUGUUCCACUGAAAUAUAUUUUUAAUGCAAGUCAGCAAUGGUACAUUUAAUUUCAUAACUGUAUUGUGGUUGGUUGCAGUUUAUUGGGCAAUAAAAUGUUAAGGUGGUCCUGUAGCAUCCUCUCCUGAAUCAAGGCAAGGCUUGGCAGUAAAAAAGAAAAGAUAAAACACUUAUAGUACAGAAUGUGCAGUUGUUAAAUAUUUUAGUCUCUUGCGACCCUGUGCUAAUACCAAGUGAGUAAGUGUUGAUGUUGGCCUGCCUUCUCUUGAUUAUUUAUAUUCAAAUAUUUUCCCAAAAAACCCU